AAUGUGUUCUUGACAACUUCCGGUGUAACGUAGCACAAGAUUUGAAUUUUCCUUCGCUUGUCUCCCGUCUGCUACAUACUUCUGCCUCUUUUAUUUGCAACAACAGAAACGCGUUUGGUAAUCAUAUCUCAGAGCAGAGGAAACAAUGAAUGAUGAUACCCGCAAAUUAUUUGAAAGAGUUGCUCAAAAGAUGGGAUGGGCUGAUGAGGGAGGACUGGACACAGCUGAAAGAAAGCUGAUGAGUUCAAUUGGCAAAACACGCCAUGCUGCCACAAGCAGUCAUCGAUCUGUGGAUGGGUCAGCCACUCUGGGCCCACCUGCCCUCUCUGACAGCGAAGAUGAUCCAGAGAAGGAGAACCAGUGCUCCAACGGCAACGAUUACAGAAACAAGUCUUUGAUCGAGUCCAGUGAUGAAGACUUUGACCAAUUUCUUGUGGAAAGGGCAACACCGAAAACUAAACCUACCUCACUCAAACCAUGGAGUUCUGCAAAGAAAAACAGUUCCACCGUUCUUGUAAAGAGUUCGGACGAUGACGACGGCUUUGAGACAUUUCUGCAACGAGUGAAAACCCCUAAUGUCAAGCCUAAGAAAAUCUCAGAGAGUGGGAGUGAAGACAGCCUCAAAAACUUCGUAGUGGAUGACUUCUCAUCAGAUGAUGACUUUAUUGAGACAAAACCAUCUUUUAAAGUGCCGAAGAAGAGCAAUACUCCAGCAGCCCAGCAUCCACUGAGGAGACCGCUGGCUCAAUGCGACUCCCCAGUCUUUUUUAGUGACAGUGAUGAUGAUGAUGAUGAUGAUAUUGUGGUCAAGAGCACUUGGAGGAUUCGUCACUCAAAACCUAAGCCCCCGCCAAAGGCUAACAAGUGUGAUGACGAGGACAGCUCACCAUCACUGCCUUUGCCUCCCGUCCCUUCUCCUUUUUCUCUUCGUCCCCACAAAACUCUAACAUCAGUGGCCUCUCCUAAGCCCACUCUUUCAGGACCUUCGAAGCUGGAUGAAUCAGCCAGUUCUGAGGAGGAGUUCACAUCCCUGCUGGAGAGACUGAAGAAGAAAAACAAGUUAACUGGCACUCCAUUCUCACCUAAGCGCACCCACGAAUGCAAUAAGGAGCCUCCUGGGUCAGCUCCUCCUCCUGUAAACAGACUCCCAAAACCAGUCUCUAAAUCAUUAAGCGAAACCCCUCUGCAUGUGAAGACACCAGGAAAAUCCACCAUCUUGAAGCCCACAGUCAGUCAGACAGAGUCUAGACACGGCCCCACAAGCAGGGUAGCAUUGUGUAAGACCCCAGGGUGCUUCUUGCAGUCCUUAUCAAACCCUGGAUCCAGCUAUAGCUGCAAAUUUAAGCAGAACAAGGAAGAACUCACCAGUAGACUUUACCAGCUGUACAAUACCAGUGUGUUUGACAGUAAGCUCCCCAUCAAUAUGUCAGUGACUUGGAAUAAGAAGAUGCGGAAGACAGCCGGUUACUGUAUCACGGGGCAGGAGCGAGGUGGAGGGAGCCGCUAUGCUCGCAUUGAACUGUCGGAGAAAGUCUGUGAUUGUGCAGAUCGUCUCAGGGACACACUGAUUCAUGAGAUGUGUCACGCUGCAACCUGGUUGAUUAACGGUGUAAGGGACGGGCACGGGAACUUCUGGAAGCUGUACGCUCGCAAGUCCACACUGGCGCAUCCUGAGCUGCCCAUGGUCACUCGCUGCCACAGCUACGACAUCAAGUACAAAUUCCAGUACCAAUGCACCCGCUGCAAGAACACGAUCGGGCGUCAUUCCAAGUCACUGGACACGCAAAAGUUUGUGUGUGCCAUCUGCACAGGACAGCUUGUCUUACUGAUGCCUGCCAAGCCGCGUGCUCCCACUCCUUUUGCCAACUUUGUCAAAGAGAAUUUUGGGACUGUACGACAGGAGCUAGCAGGACAAAGCCAUGGGGAAGUGAUGCGUAAACUUAGUGCAGACUUUGCCUCCAAGACUAAACUAAGUCAAAGCUGAGAUCUUGAUGCUCGCUGUACUCAGUCAUGGGCUGAGCUGCACAACCACAGGAGACAUGUUGAAAUACCUCAGUCAACUAGACUUGUAUUAGUAAGCAGCUGUGUUUAUUUUUGUAAUAUUUUUUUAGGCAUUAUAUGUUUUAUUUAGAUAGUGACAGAGAUGAAAGGGGAGAGACCUGCAGCGAAGAGCCCUGGGAUGGAUUCGAACCCGGCCGCUGCGGUCAUUGUGAUCUUUAAUAUUAAAUGUAAUUUCUGUAUUUAUCUGUAUGUGUUUAUAGACUGGAUCUGCUGGAACUCAAAGAAACUGAGCCUAAACAUUAAGUUCACAUCCCUGAGUGUGACAGUGUGCACUGUUUGGUAUGUGUGUAAAUGAGGUGGUGUCAAACAAUAAAAUUCAUACCACCUGUUAUCCCUGGCAUCUAAAGAAUUGGUAUUGUACGGUACAUGUAUGAUUAACUCUGUUUUUUUAAUAUCUGACUGGUUUUAUCUUAUGAGCUCUAUAAAUAAAGUUUAAAUGUGUGACUCGACAUUAAAUGACCACUUGACA